AGUAAUCUACUCUGGAAUGUCGUCGUCACCAUCAAGCCGGCUGUGGGUUGGGCCAUUACUGCUCAUACUUGUUAUCGCCUUGAUCUACAUAUUCAGUUUAAUGCCAAAUUCACCGCCACAAAGGGAGCUCACACCACUUCUCGAUGAUGCUCACCACGUUCGAACGUUUCGUUUAGGUGAUCGUGAGAUUACCGAGUCCAUAAAUGAGCUGAAAGUUGAAGUUCCACCGGAACUUCUUUCUUCCUCAUGUUUGAAUGGUGGUUUCCUCAAUGAAACCGACGGAGGAUGCAUUUGCCUUCACUUGUACACUGGACCGCACUGUGAGAGACCAAUCUGCUCGAAAUUUGGCCGAUACUCAGAAGUUGAAGGUCGUUGUAUUUGUGAUGGUGACUAUGUAGGAGAACAUUGCGAGUCUCGGUGUCAUGGAUGGGUGAAUCAGACGACAGGUUACAUGGGAUUGUCAUGUGCAACGUGCGAUCCAACAUCUGGGCGUGAAUGUGAGAUUCCAUCGAAACGACGAGGUGCCGUCAACUCUCGCCUUACACUCAGCGGCCUCUCCUUUUGUAUGAUAACCAUAGGAUUGCUAUGUGUCACGGCAAGACGACGUCGUGCCGGACCAUUGCCACCUUCAGAAGACACUUGGUAUCGAGUCUUUCAGCCAGCACAGACACGAGCAGCAAGGUGUCGGCAUGAUUUGAUGUGCGGCGGGUCUUGGAUACCACGAGACCGAGCUCUUCUGGUAGCUCCCGGUCGAGCUGCUGUAGUUCAUGGAAGCAAUCGAAGCUCGAGCCGAGGUAGACGACUGGCCACCCCUCCUCCUAGUUACACGUCAGUGGACAGUUUGGCUGAUGACCAGUCACCGCCUUCGUACGAGGAAGCUACACGAAUCUUGGAAAACUCCACGACCAAUGCAGCUCUGAUCCAGGAGCUGAUCGAUGAAACCGUGCAGACUGUCGAAGCGAAAGACGAGUCACUGCAAGUGGCUGAAGGUAGUACCAACGCUACGACGCAAACAUCUACCCAAGAUGACGAGAACGCUAACACGACGAUGGCGAGCUCGAUCUGA